AUGACUUUUCGCUCCAAGAUGGCGCGCCGGUUAGGAGACACUCAGAGGUCUCCCUCCGAUUCGUAUCUUUCCUAUCACGAUAUCCUUUGUAGGGCCGACCCACCACUAAAACUGGCGUUAUCACCCCGCCUCGCCAGAUGGCUCGAACGAGAGAUCCUUCCUCGAUACCCCCAAGCUCACAUUAUCCUGCUCCGGCCGAGCAUGACGUUUCUCCUUAUGAAGGAGCCUGACGUGAACUCGAUCCGAAGCGCCCUUCCUGAUUUCAACCGCUGCACCCAUAUUUUCCUUCCCAUUAACGACAACCGCUACGUAAAUCAGGCGGAAGGCGGCUCCCACUGGUCCUUGCUUCUAGUAAGCAAAAUUGACCGCGUGGCCUUCCACUACGACUCCCUAGGUGCCUCCAACCGCGAAGAGGCCAAGUCGGCUACCCGGGCCCUUGAGAAUCUUAUGCGGAUUAACCUACGAUUUCACCACCUCGAAGAUACACCGCAACAGGAGAACGGUAGUGAUUGCGGUGUAUUUGUCUGCAUUCUCAUGCGCCAUCUCCUAAUCAAACGCCUGUUGAGCGUCAAUGCUCGUGAAAAGAUAUCCAUGAGUAUGGCCAACAAGAUGGUCGACUCUAAUGGUGGUCGUAAAGAGAUGCUCAAGAUAAUAGAAAGCCUCCGGAAGGAGGGUGUGCGGAGGAGAUCGUGA